GCGGCUACACCAUGCGAGCACAAAUUGAAGUGAUACCAUGCAAAAUUUGUGGCGAUAAAUCCUCUGGGAUCCACUACGGAGUCAUCACGUGUGAAGGCUGCAAGGGAUUCUUUAGAAGGAGCCAGCAGAACAAUGCCUCUUACUCCUGCCCGAGGCAGAGAAACUGUUUAAUUGACAGAACCAACAGAAACCGUUGCCAACACUGCCGACUGCAGAAGUGUCUUGCCCUAGGAAUGUCGAGAGAUGCUGUGAAGUUUGGGAGGAUGUCCAAGAAGCAGAGGGACAGCCUGUAUGCUGAGGUGCAGAAGCACCAGCAACGGCUGCAGGAGCAGCGGCAGCAGCAGAGUGGGGAGGCGGAAGCCCUCGCCAGGGUGUACAGCAGCAGCAUCAGCAAUGGCCUCAGCAACCCGAACAACGAGGCCAGUGGCACUUACGCCAACAGACACGUCAUGGACCUUCCCAAGUCCGAGGGUUAUUACAACGUGGAUUCCGGCCAGCCGUCCCCUGAUCAGUCAGGACUUGACAUGACUGGAAUCAAACAGAUAAAGCAAGAACCCAUCUAUGACCUCACAUCCGUACCCAACUUGUUUACCUAUACUUCUUUCAACAAUGGGCAGUUAGCACCAGGGAUAACGAUGACGGAAAUCGAUCGAAUUGCGCAGAACAUCAUUAAGUCCCAUCUGGAGACAUGUCAAUACACCAUGGAGGAGCUACACCAGCUGGCAUGGCAGAUCCACACGUAUGAAGAAAUUAAAGUGUAUCAAAGCAAGUCCAGGGAAGCACUGUGGCAGCAAUGUGCCAUCCAGAUCACUCACGCCAUCCAAUAUGUGGUAGAGUUUGCAAAGCGAAUAACAGGCUUCAUGGAACUCUGUCAGAAUGAUCAAAUCCUGCUUCUGAAGUCAGGUUGCUUGGAAGUGGUUUUAGUGAGAAUGUGCCGUGCCUUCAACCCAUUAAACAACACUGUUCUGUUUGAAGGAAAAUAUGGAGGAAUGCAAAUGUUCAAGGCCUUAGGUUCUGAUGACCUAGUGAAUGAAGCAUUUGACUUUGCAAAGAAUUUGUGUUCCUUGCAGCUGACUGAAGAAGAGAUUGCUUUGUUCUCAUCUGCUGUUCUGAUAUCUCCAGACCGAGCCUGGCUGAUAGAACCAAGGAAGGUCCAGAAGCUUCAGGAAAAAAUUUAUUUUGCACUUCAACAUGUGAUUCAGAAGAAUCACCUGGAUGAUGAGACCUUGGCAAAGUUAAUAGCCAAGAUACCAACCAUCACGGCAGUUUGCAACUUGCACGGGGAGAAACUGCAGGUAUUUAAGCAAUCGCAUCCAGACAUAGUGAAUACACUCUUUCCUCCGUUAUACAAGGAGCUCUUUAAUCCUGACUGUGCCACCGUCUGCAAGUGAAGGUGACGAGCGAACUGUCUCAUAGUCAUGGAAUGCAGCACCAUUAAGACAAAAGCAAUGUGUUCAUGAAGACUUAAGGAAAAUGUCACUACUGCAACAUUAGGAAUGUCCUGCACUUAAUACAAUUAUUUUUCACCGCUACA